AUGGAUCACGUACCCAUCGAAGACUCCUUGGAAUCGCUCCGGAUCGACUCCUCGCCGCCGCGUGAUGCGACGGCGUCGGCGCCGGCGCUCGACGAGCCCACGGCCCCCCCGUUCCAGGUGCAGGCAAGACCGCGGCACCAGCCCCUCGGCGCCCGCACGGGACCCUGGCCCGUAGCUCUUCCGUCCGCUUUCAUGGCGCCAGCCGCCCACGACGGCCACGGUGGCGACAGCAGUCACGAUGCUCACGUCGUCGGCCAGGGUCAGUCCAGAUACGGCGAUUCGGCGGCGGGGCAGCAAAUCCGGUGGGAGCCGAGGACGAGGAUGUGCGGCCAGUGCCACAGGAUGGAGACGCCGCAGUGGCGGACCGGGCCGGACGGGCCGGGCACGCUGUGCAACGCGUGCGGCAUCCGGUACAGGAUGAGCAGGGAGGAAGCUUGGGCGCAGUUGGCGUCCAACGCCGGCGAAGUUCCCCGCCCGUGA